GCGGCACGGGACUUGCGUGGCCCGCACUAGUGCAGCCCUACAGGGAUAACGUGGCUAAAUGGUUCGGGACGCCCGAGUGCUUGUAUGGCUCAUUCGAUAGCAAAGCAGAGCUUCUUGUGCUUAUCGCAAACAUGGAUGCGUCACUAUCAGAGAGGUCGAGGAACUUGAUAGCAGAUGCGCUUGUUGAAUGGCAGAAAGAAUGCCACGGAGCCGUGCGAGCCGCAAGAAGGGAUGCAAAGCGCAGGAUCACAGAGUGUCUUCCGGGGAGCGAUGCCAGUACAAGUAGCUUGCAGGAGCAUUACAACAAACUUGCCUCGCAGAAUCCUUUGGCAUUGUUGCCCACGCUCAAGAAGCGGAAGGAAGCUGACCUUCCGGUUUGCAAAAUCAUAGAGGGAGUAGUUGAUUCCGACGAGGCUGCUCUCAGUGUCAUUGAGACCGUUGGCCGAGUCCCUGAUUCGGAGCAGCUGUCGCAGGAUCCCACUUGGCAGGCACAGCUUAAAAGCUACACUGCAGAUUUGGUAGCGGCGGCACCGCCAGAGCAGCCAGCUAGCAUGUUCACGGUAGCGAUUUUGGUUUCGCUUGAGCUGCUUGUGUGCCUGGCGGCAGCGCCUCAGUACCUUCGCGCGCUAGCAUUCAUCUGCCUUCUUUCGGUCUGGAGCUCAUUGCGUGCAGAUGACAUUCAAGGCCUGCUUCCCCAGACGAUGCAUCUAGACGAGCGAGGUCUUUCAAUUGAUUUGGCACGCUCCAAGACAACGGGGCCUGAUAAGAGGGUCAAGAGUAUAAAGAUCUUCGUUGACCGCCAGAUCUCCUUGACGGGGCAGGAUUGGCUUCAGGUUCUCAGCGAGCUGGGAACACCCAAGUUUGAGGCUGGCGAGUGGAAACUCAACAUGCAGAGGAAUUUCCUCAGUUCGGUGGGUGCAGCCAUCGAAAUUGAUCCUCGGGAGUUAGACUAUUUAGGAGCCGCCGGUCCCACAACGCUCAUCUUUCAGCUACUUCGUGGUGACUUCGAGGACGUUGAUUCCAUCUGCAAAGAUUGCAAAGCUAGGAUGAAGGCCCAAGCAGGAAGCGGCCCCGACAGGAGCUCACAGGGCAAAGACCUCCGGGUUCUUUCUGAAGCAGCCAUGGCAGCCGCGCCAACGGAAGUGCAAAAGCGAGAGGCGACCCAGCAGAAGUCCAAGACCGAGUUGCCGGCCACUACAGAAGCUUAUCGCAAAGUCAUGCGGGUUGAGGCCUUUUCAUGGUUGUGCAUGUCGGCACGCUUCAAAUCCAAGCAAUGGCUUCAGGGUCUUAAGCUUUCGGACUUCGACAGCUUUGUCAGCUACAUCCUUGGAGAAAAGGUGGCACAGCUUUCAGUGCCCACUACCAACUUGCCAGACGUUCCUGCAUUGACUCCGCCAUGGGAUGUGGUGCUUGCGUACGAACAUCGCUUACGGAAGGAAGCCUUUCGUCUUGUGAACGAGGAGGACCAAACCUUGUCUGCAGCACUUGCUACUGUGGUGGCCUCAGCUGAGCUUAAAGAGACCUACUUUACCACUCCGCUUGCAUUGUCCAUUCUUGAGCGCCCUCGUAAAUGGUACAAGGGGGGUGGGAAGGAUGGAAAGGGCAAGGGGCGGGACAUCUGUUUCGCCUUCAACAAUCAGGGAUGUGAUGGAAAGUGCGGGCGACUCCAUGUCUGCAGGGUGAAAGGCUGCGAUCAGGACCACGCGGCCAAGGAUCACAAGCAGCAGGAGGGUCUUUGGCAGCACAUUUUCCACCUUUUGAGCCAGGAGGAGUGGAUUCUUCUGGCAUCCCCGCCAUGCGUCGAGCAAGCGAAUUACUUUGUGGACCAAACGGUCACUGCAUGCCAGCUCGCAUGGCAAUAUUUCUUGGAGCACCCCGAGGUGUCCACGCGAGCAAUCACCUUUGCGAUUUUCCAGUGCAGCUUCCAAGCCUCCGGCAUCAUCCAGCCAGGCACCGGACAGCUCCUCAUCAAGCUUAGGGGAGGGGAGGUGUGGAUAGAGUCCGAGAGUGGUGAUUCCGUCCAGGUGAUUGGGGGCAAGCAGAUGCGCGGCACUCUAGUGCCCAUCACGGCUGAACCAGUGUUCAUCGAAGCCCACAGCCACAUACACUUUACCAUGCCUUGGAGAGGCACCACCCGUAGCUGUCGAACCAUGUGCUUGGACCCUUUGCUUGAAGAUGAGGAUUCUGCUAUGCCCAUGGAGGAAUCGGAUCCAUUCACUCCGUUCGAUCCCGAUGCAUGUUUCAAUGAAGGCCAACCUCUCAAGCUGGAGUGGGAUGGCACACAUGAGAACAUCGAUGAUGGCUUUGGGCUUUGUUCUCCUACUAGGGCGAUGCGUCAGAUCUUGAAGGACUUUGUGGUGCGAACGGUGCCCGACACGACUCGUAAGCUUAGAGCCGAAUGGAUUAGUUGCAUCGAAACCUUUUCCGAAGAGACAUGUCAUCAAGCUCUCGAUGUUCCGGAGAGUCAGCCCUUCUUCCUUUACACGCUUUCGGCGACGGCACAGCUCUUGGAAGAUCCUGAUUGGCAAGCAAUCGCUUGCCAAAGGGACUCGUACGUGACUGGGGUCUCAAUUGGGUUCGAUGAGCCCGCCGAGCACAUCCCACAGGUCUUUGAGUAUAAGACUAAGUUUCGUAAGCUUGAUGAGUCCGCCGAGGAGUGGCACAGGGACAAUUACGCUUCGGCAAAACAGACUGCGGGCCAGCUUGAGGAAAAGUUCAAGGCGGAAGAGGCACUUGGGAGGAUGGAGCCAUCAACGCUCCCGGUGCUCAAAGAAAGGUGGUUCAUCUUGUGCGCAGCGCGUGCCAAUGCCGCGAAGCCACAUUCUGCAUCACAGGUGACGUCACGGCGGCACACCGCCUCUUCAAGGUUCCUCUUGAACAUAUGGUUUUACCACUUGGUCUUUGUAGACGACGUGCAUUCCAAUUUCUCAGGAAAGGACAAAUUCUUGCAUCUUCUGAUGUGGCUAGUUUCUUUCGAAAUGUUCGGUACGCCGUUUGCUUACAAGAAAUUCAGAGGGGGCUUGAGCAGCGCCUUUGUCGGGUAUGAAUCGUCUUACACGGACCAACGAGUGGGGAUUUCAGAAUCCCGAGGCCAGUGGCUACUCAAGUGGAUCAGUGAAGCGCGAGCGACGAAGUUCAUGGUUUCGGUUAGGCGAUUCGGGGAAUUCCUAGGUAGAUUGGGUUUCGUGUCCCGGCUGCUUGUCUGGAUCAAGCCUCACUUGGCACCGCUUUACGCUUGGAAGGCUGCGGUCAGUGACAGCACAGUGGCUCGCUUGCCGGAUACUGCAAUCCUUGCUUUGGAGUACUUGAACAUCACUUUCAGAGACAUGACAUUCAAGGUGUCGGCUUCUAGGAUUACGCCUUCAGAGGCGCCGUACCUCUUCGAUGACGAAGGCCCCAACCUGCGGACGCUGGGACUAGCCCUCAGUGCAAACCGGCCCCUCGAGCGGGCCGGUGAUGGUUGGCAGCUCGAGCCCUGGCUCCUGCAGCAGCUUGCGCCCCAGCCCGAGUCACAGGGAUUAUCCGCUGUCAUUGACCGUCUUGCGAAAUACAGCAAGUAUGACUCCAAUCCCCGUGCUUGGAUUGAUCUGCAGAAUGAAGAGCGCAGCCUCGGUAUGGUAAAGUGGCUUAAGAUAAUUCUUGUGGAGCCGCUUGCCUUUGGAGUUGCACGCAAUUACUAUGCUUCGAAGGCUGCUGGCUUGAGUUCAGGGACUCUUCUCAAGAGUGUGUCCGAUGCUCUCUCUGUGAAGGCGACGGCCACUGUCCAUGCCAGAGCGAACAAGAUGUUAAGGUACAUAUCUUGGGCCAAAGGUCGCACUCUGCAUGUGCUGCCUCUUUCUGAAGGGAUCGUGUAUGCCUACCUCGAGGACACCCAAGGGAAGGCCGCAGCAACAGCAUUCCGGAGCUUCUUAUCUUCAGUGGCUUUUGCUAAGUAUUCCCUAGGCUUGAUCGAGGCAGACGCCGUCCUUGACUCAGGGCGGGUUCGAGGCCUUUCAGCACAACUCUUUAUGCUUAAGAGACGCUUGCAGCAGAGGAAUCCACUUCGAGUGAAGGACCUUGUUUUGCUUGAAGAGAUUUGCGCUGGUAGACAUAACAGGCCUCUACAGGAGAGAGUGGCUGCGGGGUUUUUCACAUUCCUAGUUCAUGCCCGCGCAAGAUUCUCAGAUGGCCAACGCGUGUGCAAGAUCGUGUACACCAAAGGUCUUUCAAAUUAUCUCGAAGUGUCAGUGUCGAAGAGCAAAACCAGCUAUUCGUUGGAGCGCAAAGUUCGAUACCUGCCGAUGGCGGCCAGAGCCGUUGGAGUUUCAGGGAUUCGCUGGGCCGAUGCAUGGGUCGAUGCAAUGCGCGACUCAGCUAUUGUGAUCAGCGAAGAGCAGCCGCUCUUGCCGUGCCCUGCCUCGCAAGGUCAGUGGCGUCAUGUACCCUUGCCUUGUGACCAAGCUUGCAACUGGCUCAGAGCUUUGCUGGCGCAGAACGGCGACGAUGCCUUCUUGAGCAAUGUAGGCACGCAUUCUUGUAAGAGAACGCUGUUGGCCUGGACAAGUAAGCGAGGUCUGCCUCGAGACACUCGCGCCAUCCGGGGCUAUCAUACUUCCAAGUCCUCCGGGGUAGGCGCGGAGCUCAUCUACGAGGCUGACGCUCAGGCACAUCCGUUGUCGCGACUGAGUGACAUGCUUGACGAGGUUUCCGAGGGGUACUUUAACCCCGAUGCCCCCAGAGGGCAACAGCUGAGGGCCGCCGCAGGGAUCGCAAGGGAUCAAGUUGAGCCGCACUCCGACGAUGACAUGGCCUCGAGUUCAGAAUCGUCCGGCGACGAAGAGGAGCCUGAGUAUCCGGAGGACGAAGCUGCGACAGCCAAGGAGCUCGGUGAUUGGCCGGGCCGAGUUGCUGUGUCUAAGUUACCCGAGAAUGCUGAGUUUUUCCGGAAUGUGCAGUCUCGAGUCAUUCACUUAGCAGCCGAUGAGGUGCAAGCAAUGCUUCAGGAGAUUUGUAGUUUGAAAGAUUCUGGAGGGAGCCACCUGCCGCAUCAGAAACGUGAGCGCUGCCGACAGGUCGGGAUGGAGACCGGAGACAUCGAGGCGCUGAAGAGGGCAGGCGUAACAACGCUUGCCAAAGUCGCCUUUCUGAGUGCCUACACCCCAGGCUCGGGAGAUGACAAAGCUUUGACUGACGCUUUUGAAGCUGCGUUGGGGACUUCGGCUGACUUGGGGCAGAAAGCUGCCUUCAGGCGUCUCUUUCACGAGAGCUUCGCAGUGACAACAAGCGAAAUGAAGUCGCUUGUCGAGCGGACCGAAGAGACGGCGCCAAGGCGCCUUUCAGUCCCCGAAAGGACGGAGAGAUUCAAUGCAAUCGUCAAGAAGCUCCCAGGACUGGAGAUUCGUAACAGGACGGAGCCCAGCGACGCUCUUGUCGAUGCUUGUGUUGCUAUGUACGAGAGCAACAAGUUGUCCUUCUUGGAGUGGGAAAAGCUCACGAGCAAGGAGCACGAGGCCAACUCAAGCUCCAAGCGCGAGACCGUUCUCGCUAUCGAUGCUAGCGGGAAGCUGAAGACCGAAAAGCCAGAUCCGGCUAGGGCCGACACGUCAACAGAGUUGCUAGUGCAGCUUGCAUUGACACGUCGCGGCAUUGCAUUUGAAAUGAGCAACAUACUUAGCUACAACCUGCACACCCGGUGGGUUGAGCGCCUCAUGAGUGCCAGGCUUGACCCUGUUCCUGCUUCACAUAGCCUCCCAUCGAUGGCGCAACUUCAGGCGGCAGACCGCAAACUGUUUCAGGUUCUUGCUGAUCAAAGCAGGUGGCUCACUUGUUGCAGCCGCUCCCCAUGGCUUCCGGGCCUCAUGGCGGAGCGGAGAAGGAGCGGCCAGGGCCGUACACCGUUCAACGGUGGCAAGGGCCGAGGCGGAAAGGGCGAAAAGGCAAAGGACGGCCUGCUCUGGGUGGAAGGCGAGGGCACAGAGCACAAGACGCUGGGCAAGGCCGAAGUCCAAGGAGGUUUUCCCCUGGAUAACCGAGCGCUUAAGAACCUCUGUCCCCCUGAUACGCCAUUCUUCCUGUGGACCGGGGUGGCAACAAAAAUCGCUGCUUCGCACACACUUUGCAACUUGACCUUCGAAAGGACAGCGCCUGGUCCUUCAUUCGCCGAGUCUUUGAGUGUCGCAGAGUUGUGUCAAGCACGUGUGGACAGUGCCAACCUCAUCUACGACAACACCGCUGACUUUCGCAAGUGGCUGCUACAAACUAGUCCAAACACCGGGUUCACUGUCGAGAACCCCUUGCACUCUUGGAUGUGGCAACUGCCUUCCUUUCAGGAUCUUCAGCAGCUGUGCAGCUUCGUGAGUUUCGAUGCCUGCCGUCAUGGUUCCUCUAGGAACAAAGCAACUGCCCUGCUCACCAACGUUGAGUGUGUCGGGACCCUGAGUGGUCCGUGCCCUGGCUGCAAAUCCCAUGCCGCUUGGGGCCGUACUCAUGAUGGCUUUGCCACAUCCUCCGAGGCCGCUUAUCCCAAGCUUCUGUGCGAGCGCCUUGUUGCCUGCAUUGACAUUUUUGCGGCCGCGCAAGAAUGCCUUCCCCUCGCCAGUCCCACUACCUCUCUUGCAGAAGCCAGGGCUGCUGCGCAAAAGCAGCCGCGUGGUACCGAAGACGCCGAUGCGCAUGUCAGCCGCUUCUUUGUGUUCGGUGUAUACCGCUCGCCCGAGUCCUUUCUUCGCGAGGCUUCCAUGCUUAAGCAUCCCUUCGAUGUAGCUCGUGCUUUGCCUGAUGGCAUGGUAAGGGCUUUGUUCAAGGUGCUUGUUGAGGGCCCGGUUUCAGUAAUCAAGACCCGCUUGAACUUGCUGAAGCUCUGGAGAGGCUGGGCCCUUGAGCUAGAACCUGCAGAAUCUAAGGUCAGAGACAGCAUGGCGCCGUCCGUGAGGCGGGUGCUUAGUGGUAAGCGGACGCUCUUGCUCCAGAAGAUAGCUGCUUCUCCAGGGUGGCCCGAUAAGAACUUGCACCGUGACAUCACUCAAGGCUUCAAACUCACCGGUUAUCUCGAGUGUACCAAUAUUUUCCGUCCCGAUGAAAAGCCGGCGUACAGCACAGAGCAGGACUUUUGGGAUGGUGCGUCAGUGCUUCGUGAUUCCUUGUGGGAAAAAGUUGCCAGCCACAAAGUGCAGGAUUACUCUCAGGAGUUGUGGGACAUCACCACGGACGAAGCCGAUCCACAGAGCAAGGGUUGGCUUCAGGGUCCUUUGAGCAAAGCCCAGCUUGAUGCAAUGUUCCCAGAGGGCUGGUCUCCGUGCAGGCGCUUUGCUGUGUGGCAAGGCAAGUGGAGGCCGAUCGAUGAUUUUUCCGAGUGCGGGAUCAAUGCUUGCUUCGGAUGCUUCGAGCGUAUAAGCCUUAAAGCGCUUGAUGAAAUCACUUGGGCUUGUGUUCAGAUCUUCAAGUGUGCCGUUGCGCGGGGGGAUGUUUCCUUUGCGCUUCAAGAUGGCUCGGUCUUGAAAGGCAAGCUUCACUCGGCUUGGCGUGACAAGGACCGUGUCAGGCCGUUGAGCAAAACUUAUGAUCUGAAGUCGGCCUACAAGCAGAUGCCUCUCCACCCGGACGAGCGCAGGAAGGCAAUCAUCAUUUUGAAGAAUCCUUCCACGCUUCAGGUCGAAGCGUUCGUGUGUAACACAUUACCUUUUGGAUCGACGGCUUCGGUGCUGCACUUCAACCGUGUAGCGCUGCUGCUCCAGCGUGUCAUGUGGGAACUUUGUCUGAUUUCGGCUUGCUAUUACGACGAUUUUCCUACUGCGAUGCCUGCCAUGCUGGGAGAAGGGAGUGACAACAUCGUUCACACUGUGAUGCAGCUGCUGGGCUACGACAUGUCCGUCGAGAAGGAGACUCCUUACUCGACUUCCAGUGAAAUGCUUGGUGUCGUGCUGGACACCAGCGAUCCCGCGCUGGAGUGCGUUCACCUGAGAAACAAGACAGAGAAGGCUGAGGCGAUGAGUCAGUCUCUUGGAAAGAUUAUGGAAGCAGGGGUCGUCUCGACACGUGAUCUUCCCUCAAUGCUUGGGCGCCUGCAAUUUCUUGAGUCGCAGCUUUUCGGUAGGGCAGGAAAACUUGCCUUGGCCGACCUACGGCAAGUUGAGAAAUCCUCUCACGAGACCGUGACUCUUGACAGCACGCACCUUGACGCUCUGAAGCUGCUCCGGGCCCGUCUGCUGGCGAGCAAGCCUCGAAG